AUGGGCAAUCAACUCGCUAAACAACAAGAUUCACAAAAGAAAUACAGGCUUGUCAACAUCUCACGUUCACGUUCCAUCAUCAACGAUCAUCGUAGCAACAAUGGCAGCAGUAGUAGCAGCAGCAGCACACCUACUCCGGUACGACACCAAGUUGUCAUUUCGGAUAGCACAUCAAAGACGAUCCCUCUUUUAUCCUCAUCAUCCACUCGACGUCGUAUGCGACAACAUACAUCUCAUAGCCAGCGAUACGAUACCCAUAGCCUAUCAUCAUUGAACACGAGCGAUGACGAACCUGGUACACCUACAGCAGCAGCUGCCAACAACCAACAGCAGCCUCUUAAUUCAUUAGACGCAUCUACUACUACAACAUCCUCUUUGGUGGAUGGCUGGCCAUCCAAUUACCAUAUGAAUCCUUCCACCAUGAUUGUCUUUGACUCGGCUAUUGCAUCAGCAGAGAGUGCAGCAGAAGAUAACCGAAAACGACGGGAUAGUGCGGGCACAGCAGUAACACAAACGAAAAAGAACACCCAACUCUACGAGUAUGGUGAAGAAAAAGAAUACAAUAGACAAUUACGGCAGCAUUACGUCCUCAAGCGCGUAUUUGGUGGCAAUGCCCAUGUUUCCUUAGAUGGUGUACAUGAUGUAUUAGAAUGUGCCUGCGGGACAGGCUUAUGGGCUUUUGAGAUGGCUCAAGUGCUUGCACCGCAAAGUCGCAUUAUCGGUAUCGACCUUGUUCCCCCCACCAAUGAACGUUCAGGUUUACCAACACAAAGUAUUCCCGCCAACGUUACCUAUAAACGCGGUGAUAUUCUUGCCCCGCUUGAAUUUGCGGAUCAGCAAUUCGAUUACAUCUACCAGCGUGAUGUAGCCCAUGUUGUACCCAAGAAACAUUGGCCAUCCUUGAUUCGAGAAUUUCAUCGUGUUUUAAGACCUGGUGGAAAACUGGAGCUAGUAGAAUAUGAUAUGCUCUUCAAAAAUCCUGGCCCCGUGCUUGCGUUAGUCAAUGAAUGGUACAAGCUCGCUGCAGCCACCAUUGGUGUAGAUCCCAACUAUGCUGAUUCAUUGGAUGGAUACCUGAAAGAAGCUGGCUUUGAUGAUAUUGAUAUUCAAGUCUAUGACAUCCCCAUUGGAGAAUGGCCUUCUAAUCCAGUUCAACGACAAUAUGGGUUCCUAUACAAAGAACAAAUGAAGAGUUUAUUCAAAUCCAUGAAGCGGUGGUGGCUCUCCGAACUCCAAGUAUCCGAAGUUGAAUAUGAUCGUGUGUGCUUGGCAGCUUUGGAUGAGUUUGAGGAUUAUCGUUGCAUAGCCAAAUGGAAGAUCAUUACUGCCAAGAAGAAAGAAGCUGUUGUGGUUGCUGAUCUUCAAGUAGGCGGUGGUGGCGGCGUCGUCGAGGGCGGGGCUUUAGACGAUGUUAUAAAUAAAUACGAUUAA